UAUUGCAAUUUUGCAAUCGAAAGGGAGGGCAGCCAUACCCAUAGCCAUUCUUCCAAUCCAACUUCAGUCACUUUCUUUGGAAAUCGCAUUCAUGGCCACACACUUCUUGCUUCGACUCUCCCCCAACCUAACUCCUCCUUCCUCCUCCACCGCCCCUCCUCUUUCUCCCUUCUUCUUCAAAACAUGCCCUUCUCCUCGCCCCCCGCCGCGACGUCGCCCUUCCGCCGUUUCUUGUUCUUUUACCUCGAUGGAGUCUGCAAAGAUUAAGGUCGUCGGUGUCGGUGGCGGUGGCAACAAUGCUGUUAACCGAAUGAUUGGUAGCGGAUUGCAGGGUGUUGAUUUCUACGCCAUAAACACGGAUUCACAAGCCCUUCUGCAAUCUGUUGCAGAAAACCCAAUUCAGAUCGGAGAACUUUUGACUCGUGGACUUGGUACCGGCGGGAAUCCACUUUUAGGAGAACAGGCUGCAGAGGAAUCAAAAGAAGCCAUUGGUAAUGCUCUUAAAGGAUCAGAUCUUGUGUUCAUAACAGCAGGUAUGGGUGGUGGUACUGGUUCUGGUGCUGCUCCAGUUGUAGCCCAGAUAGCAAAAGAAGCCGGAUAUUUGACCGUUGGUGUCGUAACUUAUCCAUUCAGCUUUGAAGGACGCAAAAGAUCAGUGCAGGCUUUGGAGGCUAUUGAGAAGCUGCAAAAGAAUGUUGACACACUUAUCGUGAUCCCGAAUGACCGUUUAUUGGAUAUUGCUGAUGAGCAGACACCGCUUCAGGAUGCUUUUCUUCUUGCUGAUGAUGUACUCCGCCAAGGAGUUCAAGGGAUUUCAGAUAUAAUUACGAUACCUGGGCUGGUAAACGUGGACUUUGCGGAUGUUAAAGCAGUGAUGAAAGAUUCUGGAACCGCAAUGCUCGGUGUGGGAGUUUCGUCCAGCAAAAACCGAGCUGAAGAAGCAGCGGAACAAGCAACUCUUGCUCCUUUAAUUGGAUCGUCGAUCAAAUCCGCUACUGGAGUUGUUUAUAAUAUUACUGGAGGGAAAGACAUAACUCUGCAAGAAGUCAAUAGGGUCUCUCAGGUGGUAACAAGUCUGGCAGAUCCAUCAGCAAACAUUAUAUUCGGGGCAGUGGUCGACGAGAGAUACAACGGUGAGAUUCAUGUCACAAUUGUUGCUACAGGAUUUGCACAAUCGUUUCAGAAAUCUCUUCUGGCCGACCCAAAAGGAGCAAAACUUGUUGAUAGAAAUCAAGAAACCGCACAGCCUUCGAUUCCCGUGACCACGUCCUCUCCAUCUCCCUCUCGUUCUAGGAAACUUUUCUUUUAAGCGGAUCAUCGUAUCACGCUCUAGGAAACUCUUCGUUUUACCAGCUUCCCAAGAAAAUGAAGUUUGCUAUUAUGUUACGGCUUUUUUCCGUUUUCCUUUUCACGUUCAGUAAUUGUUGCAGAAACCCGAUGGUUAGUACCAUGACGAGCAGAGAUCGAUUUUUUUUAGAUGUAUAAAAAGAAUGUCGACUAGAAUCAACUAGUGAAAGCUUCAUUUUG